GUAGCCCUGGGAGUGCUUACUCAGUUAUUAGACACCUGGAAACGUCCUGUGGCAUAUUUCUCUAAACAACUGGAUCAAGUUGCAAAGGGGUGGCCAGCAUGCUUGCGGGCAGUCGCAGCCACUGCGCUAGUGCUUGGGGAAGCUGAAAAACUGACACUGGGAGGAACUGUGCAAGUGUGUAUUCCCCAUAUGGUCCAAGCCCUGCUGGACACUAAGGGUAGUCUCUGGCUCACCCAGGCUCGGGUUGCUCGGUACCAGGCAAAACUGUUAGAGAGCCCUGAAGUUACCCUGCAAACCUGUCCCUCCCUUAAUCCAGCUACCCUGCUACCAGAAACAGAAAAGCAGGAACAUGACUGUCUGAAAAUCAUAGAUGCCCAAUACUCCAGCCGCCCAGAUUUAAAAGAUCAACCACUCCCAAAUGCCGACUUGGAAUGGUAUACCGAUGGCAGUAGUGCUGUUGUGGAUGGGCAAAGGAGGGCAGGUUAUGCUAUUGUGACCCUUCAUGAUACCGUGGAAGUUGAGAGUUUACCUGCUGGGACAUCUGCCCAGCUUGCUGAACUAGUGGCCCUGACUCGUGCACUCGAGCUGGCAAAAGAUAAACGGGUUAAUAUCUUUACUGACUCAAAGUAUGCUUUUGGGGUAUUGCAUGCUCACACUGAUCUGUGGAAGCAAAGAGGGAUGCUAACAGCCCAAGGCUCCCCAGUUAAGCAUGGGUCUCAAAUUCUCCGGCUGUUAGAAGCAGUACAACUCCCCUCAGCAGUAGCAGUGGUGCAUUGCAGAGCCCAUCAAAAGGAAGAUCAAGAUGUAACCAAGGACAAUGCCAGAGCAGACAGGGAAGCCAAGCGUGCUGCUACCCUGAAAUCACCAAUAGAGGAGAAUGCCCAAAUGCAUGCCCUCAUCCCAUCAGUAGGUGAGCUUGCAGCUCCUCAGUGCUCCCAUGAUGACAAAAACGUGGCUGACAGACUCGGUCCCCAGGAAAAGGAGGGAUGGCUUUAUUCCACAGAGGGAAAAAUCCUCCUGUCCAAGGGCCUGAUCCGACCAGUGUUGCAGAAACUGUAUCAAACCACCCACGCAGGCAGAGAGGCUCUUACCCAGCUUAUGAAUAAAUAUUUUCUAACCUCUGGACUUAAACCCCUAGCAUCACAGGUACAAGCUGAAUGUUUAAUCUGCCAAAAGAAUAACCCUCGACCAGGAGUAGCAGUGUUGCCAGCCAUCCUGGAACCUACCCCAGGCCCAGGAUUGGUGUAGCAAAUAGACUUUACAAAGUUUCCCCGGACCCAAGGGUACAGGUACCUCCUCG